UCGCUCGGGUCGCUCCUCUCAAAGUUAAAAACAGACUUUGUUUAUCCAGCAGGCUGUUUGCUGAAAUGCUCUCCGACUAGUUCACCUAUAACCCCCCCUACGUUCCCUCUUUCCACGCGUCUCGUUGUUUUUACUAUUCGCUGAGAAGAGUGAAAAACUCUUGCAUUUCGCUCCUUCAAGCAUUUUUUUUUCUGGUCUUUUUUUGGUAAUUCAAUUUCACCAUUUUUGUUUUUGUUCUCCUCAGCUGAGACCGUGCAGCAGCAGCAGAAGCAGAAGAAGAAGAAAAAAGCAGCAGGACUCUUGUUUUGUUAAAAGACUGCGUGUACAAUAAAACAAUUUGUGCUGCAGACGCUCGAGUUGCAGGUUUUUUGGGGGGGGUUUUGCAGCUGAGCUCGACAGAAGGAGAGCACCGAGAGGAUUUUUUUUUUUAAAUCAAGCAGAGCGUCAUGGCGACCGAAGUGGAGACGUGGUCCACCGCUCAGCAAGCCGACGGAAUGUUCUCUUUGGAUGACAACCUGACAGAGGCUAACCGUCCCUACGGCGAUGAUGAAGACGAGCUGAACGAGGCGGAGGUGAAUGGUAACUGGACGCCCCAGGAGAAAGCACUUCACGAGGCGCGGCUCAAAGCCAAAGCCAAGCGACGCCUGCGCAAGUCCUCAUCGCGCAACUCUACCAGCGAGUCCUUCUCUGAGUCAGGAGACUUGGCAGGAAGUGACCCAAACAGCCCAAAAGGCAAAGUCAACACCAAUGACCGCAAAUCCAGGACAGGCAAAGGCAGAGGCCUGCCAAAAAAAGGUGGAGCUGGUGGUAAAGGAGUUUGGGGGGCUGCAGGGAUGGUUUAUGAAGAUGAGGAACCUGAUGUACAGGAUCCCAACUAUGAUGAAUCUGCUCAGGGGGACACAGUUUAUGCAACAGUUGUGCCUGAGGUAGAUGAGAAGGAACUGGGAAAAAUGGUCAACCCAAUCGUAAAGGAGUACUUCGAACACGGAGACACAAAAGAGGUCCAGAUGUUACUGAAGGGGCUCAACCUGGGCCCCCAUAAGUUCGAAUUCUCCUCCGUGGCCGUGUCCCUGUCCCUCGAAGGCAAGGCUAGCCACAGAGAGCUGACCUCCCGCCUGCUGUCUGAUCUGUCGGUGAAGCUGCUGUCACAAAGUGACAUGGCCCGCGCCUUCGACAAGAUGCUCAAAGAGCUGCCAGACCUCAUACUGGACACACCUGAGGCUCCACAGAUGUUAGGCCAGUUUAUAGCCAGAGCCAUAGCGGACCACGUCCUCCCCAUGUCUUUCCUGGACUGUUACAAGGGCAAAGUAGACUGUGAGCAUGCCAGAGUGGCUUUAGACCGCGCUGCAGUGCUGCUGUCCAUGAAGAGAGCGAUGGUUCGCCUAGAUAAUGUGUGGGGUGUGGGCGGAGGACUAAGACCUGUCAAACAUCUCGUUAAAGAGAUGAACCUUCUGCUUAAAGAGUACCUGACAUCAGGAGAUGUGUCUGAGGCAGGACGCUGUCUGCGGGAGCUGGAGGUGCCCCACUUCCACCAUGAGCUGGUCUAUGAGGCUGUGGUGAUGGUGCUGGAGUCGAAAGGGGACACUGCCAGCCAUAUGAUGGUAAAACUGCUGCAGGCCUUUUGGAAAAUGGGACUUAUCACUGUGGAUCAGAUGAACAGGGGUUUCCAGCGUGUGUACGAUGACCUCCCUGAAAUCAACCUGGAUGUGCCGCAUGCUCACUCUAUCAUGGAGACAUUUGUGGAUCUCUGCUACCAGGAGUCUGUCAUCACCAAACAGCUGAGAGAUGCCUGUCCCUCCAGAGGGCGGAAGCGUUUUGUAAGCGAAGGAGACGGAGGAGUGAUCAAAAACUAAUCCGCAAUAGGAAGAGGAUAAGCAGGAGGAGGAAGGGUGCAUACAGGUUCUCACACCCUGUUUCUGCUCCAGCGUGUUUCCCUGAAAUCGGACAUGCUGGCAGUCAAAGUUUCCUUGUUCCUCUCCUGAUAACAUUGUCAUGACACAAACCAGCGUUGAUGUUCGGUGAAAGUAGACUGAAGAGUGACCCGGACGUCCAGUUCCCUUCAUCUUGUUAAUCACUGUUUUUGACUUUUUUUUUUUUUGUAAGAAUAUUCUUUAUCUCUGGGGUUGAUCCACCCCUGUUGCCUCAGUCUUUGUACCUGUUUCUUAAGAAUAAUUCAAGACAAAGCUGCAGAAGAAAAGGCAGGUGGACAGAUUGGGGUUUGUGGGAGAUAAACUGGGGUGUGUAGUCUCUUGCUUUGCUUCACCUGUUGCCAUGUUGCUAUUUUUUUUUUUUUUUUUAUGUAUUGAGCUCUAAAUGGAAAAAGCACUUAAAAGACAGAGCAUAUUGUACAGUCAGUGAGCACUUAGCAAUUUAGCUCAAUGGCAAGGAUCCAAACCUUUUUAUUUUCUGCCACAAAUGAUUUGAAAUUAUUUCAAGGAUGAUGUGCUUUGUAGUUUCUGGUUUAAGUGGUUCUAUUGAUCCUUUACGAACAAUGUUCCUUUCUUUUUUUUUUUCCUUUGCAUCUCGGUCUCUGAAGCAAGAUGUUCACUUUCUUAAGCAAAGCAGUCAAAGCAAGAGGUGUUUGGGCACUUGUUUGGGUGUUAAGUUGACACUUGCAUUAGGGAAAGUAUGUUUUGGAAGUUUGUUCUUAAAAAUGAGAAUAAAUUGGGGUUAAUAUGUGUAAAAAAAAAAAUAUAUAUUAAAAAAAUUAAACAAUCUUUUUGAGCAUGAUUUUGCAAUUAAUGGAUCUUACAGCCAUGUGGUCAGUAGUGUAUUCUGGACAGGUAACAUUCACAUAUGAAACCAAGCCUGCUUUAAUUAAGCUGUAUGUCUGUGUAAUGGAAAGCCCAGUUUUUCUUGGAAGAUGAUAUGUUAAACAUAUUCAGACUUUUCUGCCAUUGUCUGUAACAGUUUUACAUGUUGACCAAAGUUUAAAUAUGGAGAUAUAUAUAUAUAUAUAUAUCUCAUUCAUUAAAAAAAGGCAACAGAAGGGUGUUUCUGAAUUUUUUUUUUUUUUUUUUCACGCCAGCAGUAUUUGUAAAAGAGGAACCAGGAAUAAGUGACUGUACAAGUGUAGUAGAGAUGUACAUCUAUCACAUGUGUUGAUCAUAGUCAUCGGUUGUGAUCCUUCACUUGUAUCUUCUCUGUCAGUGUGUAUCAUUUAACAUCUCAAUGACUUCACAGUCCGAGCAGGUGUAAAAAUUGUAACUUAAACCUGAAAUUGAGAAGUAGUUUGAGGCCAAAGUGGUUUUUUGUCCCCUAAAAGACUCUGAUGUUUGACCCCAUUUAUGGUACAUAUAAGAUAAUGGCUAUGUGUUGUCAUAGCACAGCUUUACUAUGCCUACAGUGUAAAUAACUGGUUGAGGGAAAUUAUGUGAAAUGCUUAUAGGUGUAAGUCACAGGAUUCAUUCAUGCAUGCAUGCAGCUGUCCAGUCAAAUACGGGCUACAAUGUUUAUGUUUUGUAUUCCUACAGUCAUCUUUGUACUAUUGAUAUAUUUUGGAAUCAGCAAACUGUUUGCAACAUACUGCCAUACUCAAGAGGCUCAUUUUAUAUAUUUCAAUAAACAUGACAUAUUUCCCUC